AUGGCGUCUCUGCAGGGCGUGUUUGGAGGGGUUUGCUGGUUACUGCUGGGGGCUUUCAUGGUGCUGGACUUCGCCCCCCGCAGCUCCAUGGCAGAUGUGACGAGAAGAUCCAGCGCUGAGGUCUCUGUCAACACACCAGCUGGGGCUCCACAACACCAGCAGCACACACACAGGGAACCUGUGGAUCCUCCCGGGGCAUCGGACAGAAGGGCAGCGAACGCGGGGGCACCUCCCGGGCAAGCAGAGGGGGGACACAGCUGGCGGAACCAGAGGGAGAAGAGAGGAGCAGAGCGCAGAGGAGAGGAGGAAAAGAGAGGAGCAGAGAGGAGAGGACCUGCACGUUUUCCUGAUGGACAGAGCGUCUCGGAGAUCCAGCUGAGCAGCUCCAGUUUUUCCCUGUUCGGAGACUCGGCACAUAAUCAAGCUAUGGUAUACUGGACUGGAUACAACAGCAGCGUGAUCCUGAUUCUCACAAAACUCUUCGACUUCAACCUGGGGACAGUGACAGAUAGUUCACUUUGGAGAUCACUGGAUUUAGGAAGCAGCUACGAGAAACUGAACGACAGACUGGAUUCCAGACUGGUCCUGAGUUAUCUGUAUGUGUGUCCAUCCAAUCAGAAAAAGAUCCUGCUGGUGAGUGACCCUGAGAUGGACUCCAGUGUGGUGGUGAGCUCAGACGAGGGCAACUCCUUCCACAGAUUCAGCAUCAGCUUCACCAUCCAGAGCCUGCUCUUCCACCCCAGCCAGGAAGACUGGCUGCUCGCAUACAGCCAGGAGCACAGGUUGUACUUCUCCGAGGAUUUUGGAAGAAACUGGAAACUUGUCCACGAGGGGGUUUCUCCAGGACGCUUCUACUGGGCAGUAUCAGGGCUGGAUAAGGAUUCUGACCUGGUGCAUCUGGAGGCUCAAGAUCCCAGUGGAAUGCUGCUGAGGUACAUCACCUGUCUGGCUGGCAGCUGUGCUGAGAGCAGGAAGUUCCCCUUCCCCGGCCGCAUCGAUGGAGGAUCGCUGGUUGUGCAGGACGACUAUGUUUUUGUGCAGGUCACCACAGUUGGACCAACUAAGUACUUUGUCUCAUAUCAAAGACAACCUUUCCAGAACAUCCAGCUCCCCAAAUACUGUCUGCCUAAGGAUAUGCAUAUCAUAAGUACAGAAGGCCAGAUCUUAGCUGGGGUUCAACAGUGGAAUGAGAAUGACACCUACAGCCUCUAUACAUCUGAUCGCCAUGGAAUCUACUUCAGCCCCGCCCUAACAUAUGUCCGCAUAUCGCGAUCAGUAGCUGGAGUACUCAACAUGGAUGCAUAUAAGGUGGCUGGCGUUAGUGGUGUGUUGUUGGCUAACAGGAAGCAGGGGGGUCGUGUGAGGACAUUCAUCAGCUUCAGUCAGGGUCAAACGUGGCGGCUGUUGACACCUCCAGCCACCGAGCGGCGCUGUAGCCUGCCCUCCUGCUCUCUGCACCUGCACCUGCGGAUGUCUGAAAGUCCGUACUCUCCCGAUAGCAUUAUAAGCACUGUCUAUACCCCCGGUCUAGUCAUCGCAACAGGCACUGUAGGCUCAGAGUUGACCAAUCACAACACCAGGACGUUCCUCUCCUCAGAUGCAGGAAACACAUGGAGACAGGUAUUUGACGAAGAACGACGCGUUUGGUUUCUGGAUGAUGGCGGCGCUUUGCUGGCGAUCACCGGCGCUUUAGUUCCCAUCAAACACUUGUGGGUGAGUAUUGAUGAAGGGAGGAGUUGGCUGCAGUACAGGUUCUCUCUCUCCCCUCUAUUUGUGGAUGGAGUUCUGAUGGAGCAGGACACACACCACCACAUCAUCACGAUCUUUGGUCACCUGAGCCAUCGUUCUGACUGGCUACUCAUUAAGGUGGACUACAGAAGCCUCUUUGACCAGCAGUGUGCCUCAGAAGACAUUCAGACCUGGCCAUUGCUCAAUCAGGGGGAGCCGUGUGUAAUGGGCCAGAGGCAAAUCUUCCGAAAGCGCCGGCCAGGAAGCAGGUGCAUUCAGGGAAGACGCCAUCUGAAGCUAGUAUCGUCAGAAGCCUGCUCAUGCACGCCAUACGACUUUGAAUGUGAUUAUGGGUUUGAGCGACAGUCAGAUGGUAGGUGUUCUCCUGCGUUCUGGUACCGAGGGCCGGGCAAAGGAACAAACUGCACAUCAGGACAGACUAGUGGGUACAGGAAGGUUGUGUCCAAUAGUUGUGAGGAGUCGGUGGAGGACCAUUUCAGUCCCAGAAUGCACCAGUGUGACAACACAGCCCCCAGUGGUGUCCGUCUCAGUACAGCGCACAGAGACCUGACAGCCCGGCCACACACCAACAUCACCUUCCUGAUACACACACACCAGGCCUCCUCCGCAGGGCUUGAUGUGCAGUUGGACUUGGGCGAUGGUGUAUGUGUAUCACUCUCUGUCCUAAGCCAUGCACCUGACAGCAUGACCCACGUGUACACACACACGCACGUGUACACACACACUGGGAUCUACAGAGUCGCAGCACACGUACGCAACAACCUGGGAGCCGCUGACAGCCAACUCUUCCUGCACGUAACAACCCCUGUGGAGCAGGUGAUCUUGUCCACCCCCCGUGUCCUGUUGCUAGGGCAACAAACAAAUCUCUCAGCCCUGGUGCUACCUGACACACCUAAAACUGCCGUCUACUACUGGUGGAUUGACAACAGUACGGAGCCUGUGGUGACUCUUGAAGGAUGGCUGUUCAUCAGGUUCCAUCGGCUGGGUCUGGCUCAUGUCAGCCUGCAGGUGUCGUCAGAGGGUGUGGUCCGCCAAGACAGCUCAGUCAUCAGAGUGACAGAGGUGUUCCGCUCCAUGCUGCUGGGCUUCUCUCCUAAUCUUGAGGAGCACAACCCUGCCAUCCCGGAGUGGAGGGAGGACCUGGCACGGGUUGUCAUGGCAACCAUCUCCCAAGUUAUUGGCUUGUCGCCCGAUUGGCUGCUGGUGUAUGUGUUUCCAGGUCCUCCAACAACAGCUGAAGUUUUCUUGCUGUCUCCUAUCGACACCAACUCAUCACAAACACACACACACCAAUCCCCGCCCAGCGACGUCAGCCAGUGGCUGGAGAAAAUGAGUCAGGUGCUUGCUCAUGCCCUCAACCAGAAUUGGGUGGAGUUUCUGCUUAGUCCAGAGGUCAGGAUAACAGCCCAACUCGCAAAUCUUGGUCCAGCCUCUCAGGAGGUGAGGUCUGGCCGUCUGCCUGGCGUUUCUGUCCUGCUGCUCUUCCUUUCAGUGGCAGUACUGGGAGUGCUGACCUUCCUCAUGUACCGCUUUAAAAGGAGCCUGCCCUGGAUCCAGGUCCAGUCAGACGAGCCGCAGCAGAAGGGAUCAGACGAGAUGGACGGGGGCAGGCAGAGUGUGAGCUCGGCCAAAGUCUCCACAGAGUCCUCCAGUCCAAGGACCAGCUUGAAUCACAGCUCACCCAUCAGAGCUCUGGAGUGUGGCCUGCAUCCAUCUGCUGACCUCAAGACCACUCAUGGUGCGGUCAGAGCUGCUGCUGGCAAGACACAACACCACCUCCCCAACUGUACCACUGUCUGACACACCACCAUGUCCCCAACCACACCACUGACACACAACACUUCACCUCCCCAAUCAAACCACUGACACACAACACAUCAUCUCCUCAACCACACCACUGACACAUCACCUCCCCAACCACACAACUGACACAUCAUCUCCCCAACACACCACUGACACACGACACAUCAUCUUCCCAACCACUGACACAUCAUCUCCCCAACCACACCACUGAUACAUGACAAUCAUCUCCCCAACCACACCACCAUGUCCCCAACCACACCACUGACACAUCAUUUCUCCAACCACACCACUGACACAAAGCCACACCAACCUCUGACAAUAUGAUGCUCCCCAGCGUGACGCGCCUCCUCUCAGAGGUGGCUAUGCAGGCUCCCAGAGAGGAGGACCCUGGGGGCUAUGCAGGCUCCCAGAGAGGAGGACCGUGGGGGCUAUGCAGGCUCCCAGAGAGGAGGACCGUGGGGGCCAGAGAGGACCAUGGUGGUCAGGCAUAUUGGUAUGAACUUCUGGAAAACCUCGUUGGUUGAGUGUGCAUCAGCUUUAUCGGAGUAGUGAAGACACUCAGUGACAGACAUUUAAGGGCAAAUUUAUGGAAAUCUUUUGCUCGUCAUAAAUAUGGCCAAAUUUGCUUGAGUUUUGAAUUUAAAUUUUGAGUAUUAUGUGCAUGCAUAAGACUUGUAUCUUAAAUGUAUGUAUUAUGUGGUGUGCUAAUCACUAAGCCUGCCCGACGAGAGAUGGAGUUUCAGACCCUUUUAGGAAAUGUAAAGACCACCUCUGUUUAAAUAAAGCAACUAUAGCCUCUUUUAGUAAUCCUCAUCUUUGUUUAGAGUAGUCCUUUUAUAACUUAUGUCAAUGUAGUCCUUCUAAUCUUCUACGUAGAUAAUGCAACCAUAGUCUCUAUCUUUAACUGUCUUUGGCAAAUACAAUUAUUAUCUCUCUUUAAGAGAUGUAAAUAUAUUCUCUUUAGGAGAUACAGGAACUGCAACACUUGCCCUGCUUCAUGUUGUCUGUAUUUUGAUAAUAAACA